GAAAAGGAGUCAGCCCCAAGUCCAGGGGAGGAUGCACAGCAUGGUCCCCAGUCCCGCUCUGACCCUAAGACAGGAACUGGGCCCAAAGUCAAACCACCCAGUAAACCUAAAGUCCAGCCUGUAGAGAAACCAGAGGGCUCUCCUGCUACCCAGGCAACUCCAGUUGCUCCAGAUGCCCCCAGCAUCACUUGCCCAAAGCAGUACAGGCGGACAGGCACCUUGCAGAGCAACUUUUGCUCCAGUAGCCUGGUGGUGACAGGAACAGUGAAGGCCAUGGUCCGGGGCCCAGGGGAGGGCCUCACUGUCACCGUCAGUCUCCUGGGUGUCUACAAAACCGGAGACCUGGACCUGCCCUCUCCAGCUAGUGGCACCUCUCUGAAGUUCUAUGUGCCCUGCAAGCAGAUGCCCCCCAUGAAGAAAGGAGCCAGUUACCUGCUGAUGGGUCAGGUGGAAGAGAACAGAGGCCCCAUUCUUCCUCCGGAGAGCUUCGUGGUGCUCUACAGGCCCAACCAGGACCAGAUCCUGAGUAACCUAAGCAAGAGAAAGUGCCCCUCCCAGCCUAGGCCAGAUGCCUGAUGUCCUCGCCAGAUCAGAGUGUGGUGCUUUUAUCCAAAUAAAUGUUUCUUGACUCAG